UCACGCUGCGCUGUGGAGAUCCUACACAGCACAAGUUGCCCCAACAGCAGCAGCAGCAGCGAGGCGCACCGUGAAAAAGUUUCUCCACAGGAAUGGGCAAGUUUGAGAAGAACGUUUUAUCUUUACAUUUCCCCUCUACGAUCAUCAGAGGAACAAAGGAGUGGAUAUAAAGACCUAUUGGACCGAACAGACGCACCAGAGUUUGGAUUUUCUUCGUGAUUUCUCCCACUUUGGAUUGCAUCUGAAGACACAACUGAAAGCGGAGUGUUCUCUUGUGUGGUCAGAGAAAAUGUGCGCCUUUACGCAGCCUCGCAGUUUUGCAAGGUUUGCCGUGGUUUUUCUGCUCGUUUUGAGCCUACAGCGUGGAUGUGGGGCUGACACAAGGACGUGUCCCCCUCCCUGCGUGUGUUCUGGGGAGCUUGUGGACUGCAGUCGGCUGAAAAGGGGCCAAAUUCCAAACAGGAUCCCGGAAUGGACAGUUCAACUGGACCUGAGCCAUAACAAAUUGCAGGUGCUUGACAGCUCACUUUUCUCCAACUUACAACACCUAAGUGAAAUAAAGCUGAACCACAAUGAACUGGAUGCUGUACCUGAUUUGGGCCCUUACGCUUCAAACAUCACAACACUGAUUCUAGCAAACAACAGGAUCACCAGGAUCUCUGAGGAGCAGCUCCGGCCUUUCCUCGCCCUGGAAACACUCGACCUCAGCAACAACAACAUUGUGGACAUAAAGGCCGGCUCGUUCCCCGCUCUGCCGCUCAAGAACCUGUUCCUGAACAACAACCGGAUCUCGUCGCUGGAGACCGGCUGCUUCACCAACCUGUCCAGCAGUCUGCAAGUUCUUAGGCUCAACCGCAACCGCCUCUCCGCCAUCCCGGCCAAGAUCUUCCAGCUGCCCAACCUCCAGCACCUGGAGCUGAGCAGGAACCGAGUCCGCAGAGUGGAGGGCCUGACGUUCCACGGCCUGCACGCUCUCCGCUCCCUAAAGAUGCAGAGAAACGGCCUCAGCCGCCUGAUGGACGGGGCCUUCUGGGGCCUCAGCAACAUGGAAGUCCUGCAGCUGGACUACAACAACCUGACGGAGGUGAGUAAGGGCUGGCUGUACGGCCUGCUGACUCUGCAGCAGCUCCACCUCAGCCACAACGCCAUCAGCAGGAUCCGACCCGAUGCCUGGGAGUUCUGCCAGAAACUCAGUGAGCUCAAUCUCUCCUCGAACCAUCUGUCCAGACUGGAGGAAUCCAGCUUUGUGGGGCUCAGCCUCCUUGACGAGCUCCACAUCGGAAACAACCGCGUGAGCUUCAUCGCAGACGGAGCUUUCCGUGGUCUCUCAAACCUGCACAUGCUGGACCUCCAAAAUAAUGAAAUCUCUUGGACCAUUGAGGACAUGAAUGGGCCUUUCUCGGCUUUGGACAAGCUGAAAAAACUAUUUCUGCAGGGGAACCAGAUCCGCUCAGUGACCAAGAAGUCUUUCUCUGGCUUGGACGCGUUGCAGCACCUAGACCUGAGCAACAACGCCAUCAUGUCCAUCCAAGCUAAUGCAUUCUCUCAGAUGAAGAACCUGCAGGAGCUACAUCUCAACACCUCCAGCCUCCUGUGCGAUUGCCAGCUGAAGUGGCUUCCCGUCUGGGUGGCAGAACAAACCUUCCUGCCCAGCAUCAACGCCAGCUGUGCCCACCCGCAGAUGCUGAAGGGCAGGAGCCUGUUCGCCGUCAGCCAGGAGGAGUUUGUGUGUGAUGACUUCCCAAAGCCUCAGAUCACGGUGCAGCCAGAGACGCAGUCAGCCCUCAGAGGCACCAAUGUCACGUUUGUCUGCUCUGCGGCUAGCUCCAGUGACUCACCAAUGACUUUUGCCUGGAAGAAAGACAACGAGGGCCUGAAUGAUGCAGAGAUCCACAACCAAGCCCACCUGCGGGUGCAAGGAGGUGUGGGAGGCGAGACUGAGGUGACGGAGUACACGACCACCUUGCAGCUACGUAAUGUGGAAUUCUCCACUGAGGGAAAGUACCAGUGUGUCAUCUCAAACCACUUUGGAUCAUCCUAUUCCACCAAGGCCAGGCUAACUGUCAACAUGCUACCCUCCUUCACCAAGAUGCCAAUGGACCUGAGUAUCCGAGCUGGUGCAACAGCCCGACUGGAGUGUGCCGCCGUGGGUCACCCAACACCUCAGAUUGCCUGGCAGAAAGACGGAGGCACAGACUUCCCUGCUGCCCGUGAACGCCGCAUGCAUGUUAUGCCUGAGGACGAUGUAUUUUUCAUUGUGGACGUCAAGACUGAAGACAUCGGUGUUUACAGCUGCACAGCUCAGAACACAGCUGGAGCUAUUUCAGCGAAUGCUACGCUGACUGUUCUCGAAACCCCAUCCUUCUUGCGGCCCCUCAUGGAUCGCACCGUGGCCAAGGGUGAAACCGCCGUCCUCCAGUGCAUAGCCGGUGGCAGCCCUCCUCCAAGGCUGAAUUGGACCAAAGACGACAGCCCGCUUGUAGUGACCGAGCGCCACUUUUUUGCAGCGGCCAACCAGCUCCUCAUCAUCGUCGAUGUCGCCGAAGCUGAUGCAGGGAAGUACACUUGCGAGAUGUCCAAUGCUCUGGGCACAGAGAGGGGGAACGUUCGCCUGGCAGUGAUACCAAAUCCCAACUGCGAUUCCGGAGUGCAGGGCGGUGUGAGUGUUGGUAAUGUUGGUGGGGCAGGAUCGGAUGACGACGGGUGGACCACAGUGGGGAUCGUCAUCAUAGCCGUCGUGUGCUGCGUGGUGGGAACAUCUCUUGUUUGGGUGGUGAUCAUCUACCACACCAGGCGACGCAAUGAGGACUGCAGCGUCACCAAUACAGAUGAGACCAAUCUGCCUGCCGACAUCCCAAGCUACCUGUCCUCCCAAGGCACACUUGCUGACCGACAAGACGGCUACAUCCCAUCAGAGAGCGGCAGUAGUCAUCAGUAUAUGACGUCAUCAAUUAGCGGCUUCUAUCUGCAACCGAAAGACAUGAAUGGUCUUUGUCAGAUGGAUACAGGAAGUGAAACAGACAUCGAGGCAGCAAUCGAUCCACUUCUGUGCCAUUAUCAAGGUCCCAUCGGGUCACUGUUUCGACGAGACAACAUGUACUGCACCGACCCAUCAGAAGUCUUCACAGGCUGUUCCAUCGACCAAAAGCCUGCCACCAUCGACCCCUACUGUGACAGCCUGAGCAGCUCUAAAAGAAGGGAUUACUUCCUGUCUGAGCAUUUUGAUCUCUGCUCAUCCACUGUCCUGAUGCAACUCCCCAACGCCGGUCUCCACCAUGGCCCCUUCCACCAGCAGAGCGACCGCAGACCGUCCACAGAGGAGGCAGAACCCAACGACUAUGGGAGAAAUGUUGAAUGCCCUCCUCCCUAUAACUCCUUCAUGGGAACAUUUGGAAAAACUCCUUGGAGGUCUCAUAAGGAUCCAUACACAGGCUUCGGCCCACCAUCAGUGAAGCAUAAUGGAAUAACUCUCCACGAGAAUCCGUACGCUGCAGCAGAUGCUGAUUCAGACCUGGAGGAGAACGGUCUCAUUAAGGACUCUUUUUCAGAGCAGAGCAACUGUGUUUACGAACAGCCGUUUGACGGCAGCAGAACUGAUCCCAUCCCGCAGAGGAGAACGAGCACUUAGCCGAGUGACUCUAAGUUUUCAGAGAGAAGGACAACCAAAAAUCUGAACAAUUCUACCUCACUGAAUGGACGCUUUUGCAAUAAAGGACUCCUCAAAUGUGCAACAAGUGAAUGUAACUGACAUUUAAUGUUCCGAGAUGAAAUAAAAGGAGCAAAAUAGCAGCUGUUUUUAAGGACACGGCUUCAGUUGAAUAAUAUAGAUGAUUAUAUACAUUUUUAUAUAAAGUUUAUUAUAUUUUGUAAAUUGUAUAUAAACAGAUUCCAUUAUUUUUGCUUACUUUGUGUGUAUAAGUAUGUUGCAGCCUUGUCUAUUCAAUUAUUUCAGCUUUGAAUGAAGCACUGUUUUGCACAUAUGUUAACAAUAAAAAAAAAACACCUUUAUGUGUGCUGC